GGGGUCCGAGCAGGCAUAGCGCCGCGGCGCGUGCGUGCUGAGGAGAGGGAGAUCUCUCGCGAGGAAGGACGCCAUUAUCGCAGCCGCUCGACAAACACCACGAGAAUUCGGCACCGCACACGGAUUGCAUGACUUGCAAAAUUACCUGUGUGGGGACCUGCAGUGGUAUUUGACUGGAUAUUGCUGCCUGGUUCUGAAUGAUGUCAGAACAGGAUUUGGCAGAUGUUGUUCAGAUUGCUGUUGAAGACCUCACUCCAGACAACCCAGUUGUGCUGGAGAAUCAUGAAGUGACAGACGAUGAUGUAGAACCUGCUCUGAAACGCCAGCGUAUAGAAAUUAACUGCCAGGAUCCUUCUAUUAAGUCGUUCCUGUAUUCCAUUAAUCAGACAAUAUGCCUGCGGUUGGAUAGCAUUGAGGCAAAGCUGCUGGCACUAGAGGCUACCUGUAAAUCAUUGGAAGAGAAGUUGGAUCUUGUCAUGAACAAACAGCACAGCCCCAUCCAAGUCCCCAUGGUGGCAGGUUCUCCUCUUGGCGCUACACAGACAUGCAAUAAAGUACGAUGGUAAGAAAAGAACAGAUUACUCAUCAACAUGCUUUUUAAAAUAACGUAAAUCCAUUUCUUUGGCAUCAGAUUCUGCAGCUUUCUGUGUAACUGUCAAGAGCUUGGAGUGCUGUUUAUGAGUGUAGAGUUAAUUUAUCUUGAAGGUAAUUUUUGUACCAGUUUCAUGAUGUUACUUAGAAUGUACUUAUGGUCCAUGGACAGUUUGCAACUAUUUCCACAUUUCACAUUUCAUUUUGACUGAAGACUGGUUCAUCCAUCCUCUGGAAAAGUCUCAUCAGCUAUUUUAGACAGUUUUUUUUUUACUUGCUUUGCUUUUAUUUAUGUGGCUGUUUUGAGUUAAUGAGUUCAUCAUUCUAAUUACUUUUCAUUUUCCUUUAUUUCACCAGAAAUACAACAGAGUUUGUUUUAUGUGCUUAUUUUCUA